AUGGUUUCUUCCGAGUCCGACCAGACCCAAGCGCCUCCGCGCGAGUUUCAGGUUGCUCAAACGUCGGGACAGCUGCCUGUCGAAGCGUUGACGUCGACCGGGCACCUCAAGUCGGCGAAGCGCUAUUGCAAAGGGAUCUUCGUGCCUCGCGAUAACACUGCCUGCAGUACAGAAACGUAUAAAGGGUUGAAGGCCGAGGGAGUUAUUGUUCGUCGGAUACACGUCACCUGGAACUACCCGUUCAUUCCCGGCGAGCCAUCUCGUCAGGUCACUACUGAACAGGUCGUCUGCAUCACAUCCGAGCCUGAUAUCACGGGCGCAAUCUGCUCAGACCCAACCGUCAACUGGUCCAUGAUCUAUGCGCCAUCUGGCGAAAGAGACUACCUUACUACCACCAACAUCACGAGCACAAACGGCACGUCAGGAUUUCCGCAAUGGUAUUGGUGCCAGCUCCCAUACUUCCCGUUGGAAGAGGUCAACCGUACCGUAACUCCGCCAGGGGAUGGGAACGGUCCGGCCAGCCUGACGGCCUGGGAGACGUCUUUCAACUCGACGACUUCGCCGGCGCAGCGAGAAAGCCUGGACAUUGUCUUCGUCUGCCGCUUCUCUGCCUCGGACGGAUCGCGAGGUCGGCGAUACUUCAGUGCGGCCACGCAGGAAGAGACGAGUGCGGCGGCGGGUAGUCCAAGCGUAGUAUUUGGCUCGGGCUAUCUCUUGCUGCUCUUCUGGGUGUUCAUGCGGUCCGUAUUGUAA